CGAAUCGAAAUGACUAGGUCUAGCCGAUAAUACCUGCCGCAUGAGAUGUACACCUGAAAUUGUUGUUGGCGUUGACGAUGUGACAAAUGCUCGCAAAAGCUGAACAAUGAAGACAUACUUUUCGUCGCCCAGGGCUGCCGCAAGUGGCACGCACGGCUAUCUCAAGGCACGAAGCGCACCACUCCGGUGUGCUCACUCCAGCUCAAGGCAACGUGUAACCGAUUUUUGGAUCCCAACAGUCAACGUCCACAAACAUGAGGAAGCUCCGGACGCCACGCAGCUCCUCAUCAGAGCGGGAUACCUCCGACAAGCCUACGCUGGCAUCUUUCAGAUGCUGCCUCUCGGCCUGCGUGUGCAAGAGAAGCUAGAGCGCUUGAUCGACAAGCACAUGCGAUCGGUCAAGGCUUCAAAAGUCUCCUUGUCAUCACUGUCCUCGAAAGCAUUAUGGCAGAAAUCCGGACGCUGGAAACCGGGCGCCGAGUUUUUCGCUUUCAAGGACCGCAAAGAUUCCGAGUGGCUCUUGACUCCCACACACGAAGAAGAAAUCACGACCUUAGUAGCCGGCCUGGUGCAGACCCGUCAGCAACUACCUGUACGCUUAUACCAGAUCGGCCGCAAAUAUCGGGACGAGAAACGCCCUCGAGGUGGUCUCCUCAGAGGACGAGAGUUCCUCAUGAAGGACCUGUACACCUUUGAUGCGACUCCGAAAGAAGCACAUGCAACAUACGACGAUAUUCGAGGCGCAUAUCGUAGGUUUCUCGACGAACUUACGGUUCCGUACACAGAAGCCAGAGCAGUGUCUGGAGACAUGGGCGGAAAUCUCAGUCAUGAGUACCAUUUCCCAAAUACCGCGGGGGAGGACAUCGUGAUCACUUGUACGAAUUGUGACUAUGCGCGGAAUGAAGAGUUCUCUCGACAACCUACCUGCUCAGCGGAAAUAAUCAAAGAUCUCCCGACGGCGAAUUCUACAAAUACUCGACCGCUUCUCCAAGAAGACUACCUUAGCCCUGACGGACAAAGUCUCAUACGUGCAGUAGCACCACACCCGACCACUAUGUUCUCUGCCGUUGCGCAGCAUGACCAGUCCUUGAACUCUUAUGCUAUCAAAGCCGCGUUGAACGGGAUCGUCGAAAUUGAUUCGGGAUUAGAAAGUCCCCACGCUUUAUUCGAGAAGAACGUGUCCUCAUUGUCGAGUUCUGGGAAUGGGACUCAAAAACUAUCCAUAUAUUACCUUCUUGAUACCCAGGUCGAGCCUGAAUCCGCUCAGGCCUUGAUAGCCUCAGACAUGGAUCGGUUUAGCUCUGAGGGUGUGGAUUUCUACCUCGUCAAAAUCCCCCCGAAUUCAACACAAGGCAUCAACCUGCUCAAACACCAAACAGGGGACCCGUGCCCAGACUGUGGUACAGGUACCCUCCAACUCAACAAGGCCAUCGAGGUCGGCCAUACCUUCCACCUCGGCACCCGCUACAGCUCGAAGCUAGGCCUGACCAGCCGACUCGACAACGCCCAGGAUCCCGUCCCGGUCGAAAUGGGCUGCCACGGGAUCGGCGUGUCUCGGCUCAUCGCGGCCGUGGCGUCUUGUCUGUCUGACGAGUCUGGGCUCAAUUGGCCUCGUGUCAUCGCGCCAUUUGAAGCCGUGAUCAUCGUGCAAAAGUCUCACGGGGGCCGUGUCCAAGCGGCGGAACAGAUCUACGACGAGCUCGCCAUGUCGAGCUCGAGCCCCAGUCCGAGUCCAAAUGCCACGGUGGCGGUGGACGUCCUUCUCGAUGACCGCCAAGAUCAAGGCCUGGGGUGGAAAUUGAAGGAUGCAGAUGCCAUAGGGUACCCGGUCAUCAUCGUGGUCGGGAGAUCCUUUGACACGGGCAAAGUCGAGGUACAAUGCCGGCGGUUGAAAAUCAAACGAGAUGUCGAAGUUGCUGCCGUAGCCGGGUUUGUGAGAGACCUCCUCCAAAAGCUGUAGAGGUUCACAUUGUAAUGUGUACAUGUGUGUAUAUAUAGUCAAAACAGAUACCCCUCUCGUAAUAUUGUAGAGAAAUUGGC